ACCCUGCUGGUGACGCCGACCGCCAACCUACCGCCAUCUUGAAUUGUUUUAAUGGUGUAUUGGUAAUUUGUUAUCGAAUCAUUGUUCUGUCUUUUAAAAUUUUAAAUACUUUUAAAAUUCUAUUUAUCUGCAUUCAGGAAAUAUAAUUAUUCUUACUAAAUAUUAAAAAUGGUUGAUCGUAUUGAUAUGGCUUUAGACGACAUAAUAAAAGCAAGUAAAAAGGGCAGAGGUGGUGGUGGAGCAGGAAGAAAAUUCGAUACUAAUAGAAGACCUGGACGAGGUGGUUUUCGUAAUGGUCGCCCUGGUGGAGUAAUAAGAAACAGGAAUCGUGGCAGCGUAACAAAACCUACAAAUUAUACUAGGGGUGAUGUAAACAGCACAUGGAAACAUGACAUGUUCAGUGACUUUGGCGACAAGAAGAUUCCUAGAAGUGGCCCUAUCACAACUGGUCCCACUAAGUUGUUAGUCUCCAAUCUGGAUUUUGGAGUCUCAGAUUCAGAUAUUCAAGAACUAUUUUCAGAAUUUGGCAUUCUUAAAAGUGCUGCUGUUCAUUAUGAUAGAUCUGGCAGAUCUUUGGGAACUGCUGAUGUUGUUUUUGAAAGAAGAGCAGAUGCCUUAAAGGCUAUGAAACAGUAUAAUGGAGUCCCAUUAGAUGGACGGGCAAUGAAUAUACAAUUGGCUACAUCAGAAAUUAGUAGCUUCCGAAAUGAAGACAGAGGCAGAAUUGGUGGUGGAGGUGGUGCUCCAGUAAGAAGAAAUAUAAAUAGAGGUACAAUUAUUACUAAUUGUAUUAAGAAAAUCAAUUACUAAGUUUUGCCCUGUUGUAAAUAACAGGUAACAGAGAGUCUUUUAUUAUAAUUAACAAUAGUAACAUUUAUAGGUCCAGGAGCAAAUAGACCAAAUCAAAGUGGUGGUGGUGGCCGUGGAGGAGGCGUGCGUAGAGGACGCGGUGGAGCUGGUCGCGGCAAACGUCCAGUUCCUACAGCUGAACAGUUGGAUGCAGAGCUUGAUGCCUAUGUCAAAGAAAUUAAGUGAAAUUAAAAGAUCUUUGAUAGUGAAAGUGUUGGGACACUAAUUACUGCAUCAAUAUAAAUACUUGGUGUAAUUGACAAAUAAAUGAAACUUGAAUGCGUACUUUUGAAUGCACUGGAAAUACCUUUUUGUUUGUGACAUCUCUGACAAAUUGAAGCCAAGACAUGUUAUGAAAUAUAAUUUGUAAUAAACUGUAAUUUGAUAGACAA